GGCCACCGCCGCCGUUGUGGCGCUCCUGUGCCUGCCCUUCGCCACGCCCGCGCAGCCAGCGGGCCUGGAGGUGGAGUGGGUGCUCGGAGGCCUCGGGGCGAGCUGCACCGAGGCGUGCGCGGAGCACCCCGGCUUCGGGAGCGUUGGUUGCCACGGGGAGAGCUUCAACAUCACCCGGGACGACUUCGACAGGAUUCUGGAGAGGAUCACGGUGGGCCCAGCGGACGGCAUCUGCAGCAGCGUUGCCGAGGGCGGCGCCUGCUUCGAUCCGAGCUACGACGGCGGCCAGUGCGGCUGGCGGGGCUGCCCGGUGCUCGCGGCGACGGCGCACUGCGCCUCCGUCCCCGCCAGCACAGCGCGCCGCUUCUGCCCCUGCGGCAUGCGGGCCGGGCCGGCGCAGGCAGACGUGACACCACUGUCGCCAUCGGCGCCUACGUCUGUGACGACUGAGACGCUGGCAACGACAAGCAGUACGGCUCCAGCGACAUCUAGAGAUGAAGAGUCGGAUGCUGCCGCAGAGGAAGAAUACACUGACGAGCUCAGAAGAUCCAUGAUGGCCGAGGUGGACGCCGCGAGCCCCGUGAUCUCCACGAGCCCGGUGGAGCCAGCGGGCACCAACGCGAUGUCGGAUCAGCAGAAGCAGCAGAUGAUCGGCGGCAUCGUCGGCGGGACGCUCGGCGUCGUGACAGUGGGUCUGCUAGGCGGGUUGCUCGGCGGGCUGCUGACCACGUCGACGACAGGAGCUCCGAUGCUUCCUCGGACGACAACCGUGCCGACGACCACGUCCUCACUGGCGCCGGUGUUCGAAGAGAGGAUGCUCGGCGGCCCGCACGGCUCGCUGUCCGCCUGGGGCUCCUGGGUCGGCAGCGGCGCCUCCGACCUCACCGAGUCGGUCCGCCUCGGCGCCCACGGCCAGGACGCGCUGGUAGGCGGCAGCGCGCGGACCUGGUGGAUCGUGGCUGGGCUGGCGCUGGUCUGCUGCGUGGCCGUCGUUGUGCUGCUCUCCCUCGGGGUCGACCGGGCCAAGGGGAGGCGCGCCCGAAGGCGCGAGGGGCGCGGCGUGGCCAUGUCCGAGGGCAGCGACGCCGAGCAGUCGUGGCCAGCGUCCCCGGCCGCGGACGACUCGGCCGUCGGCUCGCCCACCGCGGAGACGCGCCGCCUCCCUGCCCGGCGGGGCCCCGCGCCGCGCCGCGGCGCGCGCGGCGCACGCGCCCGGCUCCCCGCCCCCGCGCGGCCAGCGGGGCUACCACACCUCGCCGCCCACGCCCCCUCCCCGCCGCCGCGCGGGCCGCACCACCACUACUACCACGCGUCGCCCUGA